AUGGACGAUCUGGAAAAGGGUCCUAUUGACGACCGGCAUCCGGCACCCGUCCCCGAAGACGAAUUCAACGACUCGUCGUCCACACAUACAAACCCGCCCCAGCCACCACCCGCGGUUGCUAUGCCACAUGUCUCUCGUCAGACCCAGAACCCCUACCAGCACAUGGGCCACGAUAACCUCCACGAGUCUGUGCAACAGGCCGGCACCCACGCCAUCCACGGCUACCCGCCUGCUCACCAGAUCUAUCAACAGCCCACUUCUCCCGCAUCUAUUCAACCCGAGGAUGGCUUCCAUGUGCAUCCACUAGCUCAUUCGUAUCCACUCGACAACGUGGAGAGCUCAAACACAUACGCUACGGCUGCCCAGGUGCCCCGACCACCGCCCAUCGACACCUCGAUCGCCAACGAAAAGGCUGGUUUGCUGCAGGCAUCAAACAACAGCCACCAUUCGACAUCUUCCGACGAUGAGCCCGAAGAGAACCUGCAGCAACGAAUCGAACGUAUGGCCAACGGCACCGUCCCCGGAGGAUCAAAGAUGCGACGGUCGGCCUCCAAGAACUCGAAGCGUCGAGGUAGCAACUCCAGUAGCGCCACUGGCCUCUACAGGUCGAAGACCUCUGCCUCUGGUCGAAGUUACAAGAGUCAUGCUGGAGAGGAGCAUCGAGCUACCGGACGACGACGCUCAAACUCCACAUCUCAGCAGCCCGGCAGUGCCAUGCCGCCCCAGAGCGCUGUGACAAACAAUAAUAACUCCAUGGACGAGUUUCCUCUUGGUCUUGGUAUCACCCGCCACCAGACCAACGCCACCACACAUACUACCGGAGACCGAACCACUAACGAGAAGGAAGAAGAGGAUGAGAAACACCCAAAGGUGUCGCAUGUGCUGGAAACGGUGUUCGAGGACUCGGAUGCCGACUCCACGGACCUCCCCGAAAUCAAGGACGUCAUGGGCGACAUUCGAGAAGAGCACGGAGUAGAAUCUACCGACCACUCUCUACGACCUCCGGAGAACGAGGACAAGAUUGCCACCGGUGUGCGACGGGGCUACCACGCACUCCAGCGAUCCACUGGUACCCAGCGACCUACCGAGUUCAAGAUCAUCGUCAAGACUCGAGCGUACAUUCGAUACCUCAUGCAACUGUCGAUUCUCACUCGAUGCUUUGUUUUCUGGUUGCCUCUUGCUGUCGUGUUCUUUAUUCCCCUUGCUAUUGGUGCUUGGGGUCAGCCUGAUGCUGAACUCGGUAAUGUCCGUCUCUCGUGGAUUUUCAUCUGGGUCGAAGUCAUGUGGAGCUCCCUCUGGGUGUCUCGCCUGGUUGCUCAUGUGAUUCCCAACUUAUUUCGUGUUAUUGCGGGCAUUAUUUCCCCAACUAUUAAGCGAUUUACCACUAUUGUCUGUGCCGUGGAACAUGCUAUUACGCUCGUCUUGUGGGCAUUUUGCUCUUGGAUCACCUUCAUGCCCGUCACCAGCAUGAACAAGUUGGCCAAGCCCAAUGACGCUAAAGAGGUAUGGCAGAAGAACUUUUCCAAGGUGCUUGUGUCCUGUCUUAUCACAGCCAUUGUCUACCUAUGUGAGCGAAUUUUCAUCCACUUCAUCUCCGUGUCCUUCCACAAGACACAGUUUGCAAACCGAAUCAGAGACAACCGUCUUGCCAUCUCUGUUUUGGUCAAGAUGUUGGACGCCGCUUACAUGGUAUUCCCUCAGUUUUGUCCCGAGUUCGAGGAUGAGGAUGUGACACUUGCUGGUGGCCUUCUUUUUGCAACUACUCGAAAGAUGGAUGAUAGACUUAACCGACGUAUUCAGCAGGCUGUUCAGAACGAGGGUACCCGGCGGUUCUUUGGAGGACUCAAAAAGGCGUCUAAAUCCUUGGGUGAAGCUGCCAGAGAUGUCAUUGGUCGAACUGCAGGCACUGCAGCAUCUACCGAGUCCAUUGUCAUGGAAGCCAUGAAGUCGCGAUCCACAGCACGAAUUCUCGGUAAACGAAUCUGGAUGUCUCUUGUUCUAGAGGGACAAGACUCUUUGACUGUCCAGGAUAUCAUCGAUGUGGUUGGAGAACACUCUCGAGACGAGUGUGAGGCUGUGUUUGCCGUUCUCGAUCAGGACGGCAAUGGAGACUUGACUCUCGACGAGAUGUCUGCUGCUGUGACCCAGAUCUGUCACGAGCGAAAGUCGAUCUACAAGUCUCUCAAGGAUGUCGAUUGUGCCGUCAAGAAACUGCAUCACAUUCUUGUGUUUGUGGUUCUGCUGAUUUGUAUCAUCAUUUUUGUCGGAAUGUUGUCUCCUUCUGUCGGAGCCGUUUUAGCCACCCUUGGUACCACCCUGCUUGCCUUCUCAUUCGUCUUCUCUACCACCUGUCAGGAGAUUCUGUCUUCUUGUGUCUUCCUGUUUGUGAAGCAUCCAAUUGAUGUCGGAGAUCGAGUCGAUAUUGCGGAUGUCGCCUACAACGUUACAUCCUUGUCUCUUCUGUACUCCACCUUCACCCGAACAGAUAAUGGUAAGUUGUGCCAAGCUCCUAACUCGCUGCUCAACACUCUGUGGAUCGGUAACGUCUCUAGAUCGGGUCUCCAGUCUGAUCCCCAGACCCUUAUUUUAGGCCUUCCCGAGACUUCCACUGAAGACAUUGAUGAGCUGCACCGACGAGUUGAUCAGUUUGCUCUGGACAACCCCAAGGACUACAAGCCUAAGCCCUGGUUCCAGGUUUCCGGUUUCACCGAUCUCGACCGAAUCUCCAUCACCAUCAACAUCACCCAUCGGUCCAACUUUGCCGACAUUCCUCUUUGGGGUUACCGACGAACCAAGUUCCUCAAGUUUGUUGCGCAGUGUGUCCAGGAGAUUCCUCUGUACGUCCCCCGUCGAGAGGACAACUACUCGGAUCCGGCCAACUCGAUGUACCUCAGCUCUCUGCCUCCUGGUAUCCCCGGUCUAUUGCAGAGCCGAAACGACCAGAACAAGUCUCCCAGUGGCGAUACUUUCACCGAGCUCUCCUCCGAUGGACGGAAAGACCGAUCCCUGUCCAAGAACUCCACCCGAUCUACUCGAUCUACUCGAUCCGCUAGAGACCGUCAGAUUCACGGCGUCGCUCCUACCUGGAGAACCCGAAUUCGACCUGGUCUCCGUGUCAUCGACGAGUCUGAGGAUGACGACGAUUAUGCUGUGGAAAGUGAUUCUUCGGAGGAUCACGAGCAUACUCUUGAGGAGAAAAAUAACACUCAUGCCACCGGCGGAGUUCAGGCUCAGACUGAGGUUCAGAACAGAUUCAAAAACUAG